AUGCGUGGCGCGUGGAAUGGACUCCAGGCAUUAUUUCUCAGAGAUUGUCCUUAUGCAUACUAUGUUCACUGUUUUGCUCAUCGAUUACAAUUAACAUUGGUUUCUGCCGCUAAGGAUGUCAGUGUUAUUUGGGAAUUCUUUUCUCAUUUGGAUAAUAUUGUCAAUAUUGUUACUUCUUCUACUAAGCGCAUUGCUGAGUUACAUACUGCACAAAGAAAUGAAAUUGAACAUAUGUUGGCAAUUGGAGAACGUGAUUCUGGAAGUGGGGCCAAUCAGAUUGGUAAUUUGCAGCGGGCAAGAGCUACUCGUUGGAGUUCUCACUAUGACUCAGUAAAAAGCUUGAUAGGUAUGUACGCUGCAGCUUGCAAAGUUAUUGAAGUUCUUAGUGACUAUUCUCCAAAUGGAAGAGCUAAGGCUGAAGUUCGGGGAAUUUACAGAAACAUGGCAAGCUUUGAAUUUGUGUUCAUUUUGCACUUGAUGCAUAAAAUUAUGAGAACAACAGAUAUUCUUUAUCAAAUUCUUCAAAGAAAAUCUCAAGAUAUUUUGACUGCUAUUACAUUUGUCUCUACUACCAAAACCAUCCUUCAAGAACUUAGAGAAUGCGGGUGGGAAGAAUUUCUUCAUGAAGUGAAAGUUUUUUGUUCGAGAAAUGAUAUUGAUGUGCCUGACCUUGAUUGCCUAUAUAAGAUUGGUCGUUCUCGUCAGCAAACUACAAUUGAGCAUCAUUAUCACUUUGAUGUUUUUAAUGUAGCAAUAGAUUUCAUUUUGAUGGAGUUAAAUACUCGGUUUAAUGAGUCAUCAGUGGAAAUUCUUUCUCUUAGUACAGCUUGUUGGGACCGAUUAUAUAGCUAG